AUGCCAAUGUUUAAGAAAAAGAAAAAGAUGGGCUCUUCAACUUCAAAGUUGAAAUAUCCUCAUUUAGUAGCAUCAAAAUUUCCAAUUAAUGAUGACGGUGAAACUAUUACUUUGAGCGAUGGUAGACUAUUGGGAUAUAAAGAAUACAAAUUUUCCCAUACGCUAACUGACAAUACUAUAUCUCUACGCAAUCAAGAAUUUGUGAUUCUUUUAAUACCUGGACUACCUGGUUCAAGAUUUUUUACUCAUCCUUCAAUACUAACAAACACUGACGAUGAGAAUAUUAUUAUUAAUGAGAAUGAAAACAAAGUGUUAAUAAGAUUAUUUGUAUUGGAACGACCAGGAAUUGGACUUUCGACAUUUGCUAAAAGAAAUUUUAUCGAUUUCGCUAAUGACAUAAAAGAAUUUUGUCAGCAAAAAAAUGUUAAAAAAUUUUCUUUAAUGGCUUAUUCCGCAGGUGGUCCUUAUGGAUUAGCCACUGCUUACGUUCUAGGUAAACCAGAUGAUAAUGAGGAUUGUCCUACACUUAGUAAAGCUGCAAUUAUUAGUUCUGUUGCUCCAUAUCAUGCUACUAAUGCGACAAAUUCCAUGGAUUGGAGACUUAAAUUUGCUUGGUGGUUAACUAAAAAAAGUCCUAGUAUAUUGUCAAUUAUAGUACGUCUCGAAGCAAAAGCUGCAUUAAGUAAUCCAAUAAAGGCAUCUUCUGAAAUUCAAAUACUCGGUCCACCAGCGGAUAAGGAAGUGUACAAUAAAUAUCCUGAAAUUGAAGAAUUAUUUGUUAAAAGUAUUUUAGAAUUGUAUUCUAGAGGCCAAGAAGAAACUGAAUGUUGGGAAUAUAGUUUAUGGGGAAAGGAUUGGGGAUUUAAUUUAAGUGAUAUUGGGAAAGGAAAAGAUGGAAAAAGAGGGGUUAAAUGUAAAGUUUGGCACGGUGAAGAAGAUUAUGGAUCUACUGCUGCUAUGGGUAAAUAUAUUGCUGAUCAAAUUGAAGGAUGUGAAUCUUGUUUUGUUGAAAAGUUGGGACAUAUGGUAUAUUUUACUGCUUGGGAUGAGAUUAUUGAUUGGUGUAUUGCCGAUCAAUAA